GCCGCGCAAAGCGGAAAACCCCCGUUCUGAGGCAGUAAGCACCAAGCUUUGUCGACAGCAGGAUGAGCAGCGUCGUCGCGAUCGUCGGAGUCCAGGUCUCGGCCAAGCUCGUGGACAUGGCCCACGACGCCAAGGAGUCCAUCGUGCUCGUGAUCCUCUCGGUCUUUGUCUGCUACAGCACCGUCGCGUGGCUGCGCUCCGGUCGCGGGGCCACGGCCACGGACGACGAAACCAUCGAGCACGUCGCCGUCGCAGCGGUCGAGCCGACGCCUGCGACGACCACGCCCACGAGCCGGCGAAAGGUUAAGAAGAAGAAGGCCAAGAAGGCCACGUCCCCCAUGCCACCUGCAACGACUGCAACACCGACAGCGGUCGAGACUCGCUGCGAGCCUGCGCCGUUCGACGAUGCGCCACAAGACGUUGUUGUGGACGCGCCGCGCUCGCAAGACCUCCUCGCGCCGAUCGCAGAGGACACCAAGCCGACAGAGACUGUGCUAGAGUUGGUCGCUGCAACCGUCGCGCCCGAGAUCCCGGUGCCCGAACCCUCGGCGGUCGACGCCGUUCUUGCGACGCCGCCGCGGCGAAUCACCAAGUCGAUCUUGACGCCGCUGACGCUGUCACCGCAAAUGAAGACCAAGAAGGCGACGACGUCGAUGGAUUUCUUGUUGAAGGAGCCGAUCGUGCCGUCGUCACCGACGUCGUGCGCGUCGACGGUCUCGUCUUCGUCCUUUUCGCCCCCCAAGUCGUGCCCGGGCCGCGUCGAGCCGGUCAAGUGGUCGCCCUCGCCCGUCGCGCGCCCGCCGCCGAUGCUAAUGAAGCCCAAGAAGCUCGUCCGUUCGCACUCGUCGACGGCCGACGGCCGCGCGUGGCGGGAUGUGCUCGGCGGUGACGCAAGCGUGCCGCCGCCGCCAGUCCUCGCCAAGACGGUGAGCCUCGAUGCGUCGUCGACGCCGCUUUCGACUGCGCCCGCUCCGUCCAACCCGCUCGUCCUCCAGCACAUUGUCGAUCAAAUCGCCUACUACUUUAGCGAGCACAACCUCAUGCGCGAUGUGUUUUUGCGCCAGCGCAUGGACGCCGAGGGCUACGUCUACAUGAGCGUCGUCUUGAACUUCAACCGCGUCCGUGCCAUGAUGAACCCGACCGUGCCGCUCUUGGCGCUCGUCGAACGCCUCGAUGCGUCGCCCCACGUGACGCUGCUCUGCAAGCGCAAGCUCAACGGCGACGUCGACCCGUCGUUUGUCCAACUGGCCAAAGUCCGCCCGUCGAUGUAUUGGCAGCAGUGGGUCCCUGCGAAUGCGCUCCCGACCCACCACCCGUUCGACCUGCUCUUGCGCAAGGCCAACGCAGCCACGACGUCGGCAUGAUCGCGGCGCGUGUAUAUCUAUGUCUUUAAUAUAGCUCGGUAGUCGAGCGCCGGCUUUGGCGCUUAUCCCACACA